GCCAGAACCAAGGCGGCGUUCGGCGUUUCGUUCGCACCACUCGCCGCAGCGAGCGCAGAUCACCCAAUCGAAAAAUCUCGAGAGAGCAGCUAGCAGCAGCACCGCGCGACUACGAGUGCCGCUCUUAGAUACAAUCGUGCGCGCUGAACAACAGAAGGACCCUUAUAACCUCAAACUCGUGUAAAAAAAGACAGUCUUAGCUUAUACGUUUCGUAGGACGGAUCGCCGAGACGCGUCGAUCAUCAGUGCUACUGAAAAUUUCUCAGCUCAACGAGUCGAUAUCGGAUCAGCCAACUGCCACGACAAUCAUACACGUAAACAAAAAAGCCAUCCGUGAUCUGCGCUGUAUUAUUUAUACUGCUUGGCUAAACGAAGGGCCGGAACUUCUUGUGCGUACGCUCCUAAAAAGCAGCGUGUGGUGAGGUGUAGAUCAUUGGCGCAGCGCGCGCAUCCCGUUUUGCAAAAAUAUAUAUAGGCAAGCUGGCUACUGCUGCCGCUGCUGCUGGUACGAUCGUCCCCGCGGCUAUGCUGCGCGACGAGUCGUCCAACUCGGGGGCGCCCGUGCACACACAACACCAACCACACAGAGACAAAAGCAAGAUGGAAGAUCUCGCAGUCGAAGUAUGCGGCGAAAACGGAGCGUAUUACAAGGCCUUUGUCAGAGAUGUUUACCAAGAUGAAGUACUUGUGGCUUUUGAAAAUGACUGGCAACCAGAAUCAAAGUUCCACUUUUCAAAAGUACGUCUACCACCAAAAGAAGGUCCAAAACCAGAAUUUCAAGUUGGUCAAGAAAUUGAAGUAUUCUCUAGAGCAAAUGACCAAGAAGCUAGUGGCUGGUGGAAGGCUGUCAUUAACAUGACAAAAGGUGGUUUUCAAGUCAUAGAAUACUUGGGAUGGGACUGCGCUUAUACUGAAAUUGUUGCCAGUGAAAGAUUGAGACCAAAAAAUCCAAAUCCUCCUAUUGACAAAAAUUCGUUUUUCAAAGUUGAGAUAGAUGUACCUGAGGAAUUACGUGAAUUUGCAAAAAUGGAUGGGGUACAUAAGGAAUUCCAAAAGGUAAUUGAUGCAGCAGUGUGUAGGUAUGUGCCUGAACGAGGAGUAUUGCUGGCCAUCUCCCGUCAAGAAAGUUUGAGUCGACGUUGUCAAAUGCUUCAAGACAUGCAUUUACGCAAUUUAACACAAAAGGUACUUUUAUUAAAAAGAACAGAAGAAGCUGCUCGUCAACUUGAAUCAACUAAAUUGCAAUCAUCAGGAGUAAAAUUUAGAUCAAACAACUUUGCAUACCAACGUGUCUCAGACUAUGAGACAGGAGCGAACACAAAUUCAAGGUACACAGAUGAAUUCAGUGUUAGAGAUGAUCUUAUGGGACUUGCCAUUGGUGCUCAUGGAUCCAAUAUUCAAACAGCAAGGAAGGUUGAAGGUGUUACCAACAUAGAAUUAGAAGAAAAUUCUUGCACUUUCAAAAUUCAUGGAGAGACGCACGAAGCUGUAAAACGCGCUCGCUCUAUAUUAGAAUACAGUGAAGAAUCCAUUCAAGUUCCACGUAUCCUUGUUGGGAAAGUAAUUGGUAAAAAUGGAAGAAUUAUCCAAGAAAUCGUGGAUAAAAGUGGAGUUGUAAGAGUGAAAAUAGAAGGUGACAAUGAACCUCAACCAACAAUUCCUCGUGAAGAAGGUCAAGUACCUUUUGUAUUUGUAGGUACUGUAGAAAGUAUCUCAAAUGCCAAAGUUUUAUUGGAAUACCAUUUAGCCCAUUUAAAGGAAGUAGAAAAACUUAGACAAGAAAAACUCGAAAUCGACCAACAGUUAAGAAGCAUGCAUGGAACAAAUACUGGUCCAUUGCACAACUUCCAAGCCACUAGGCGAGGGCCAAUGGGUACAGAAGAGACUACUAACAGCCGUGGUGGACGAGGAGGUCAGUCUGGUAGAGGUCGGGGUGGUGGCAGAGGGAGAGCACCUGCUAGACACAACAGUGGAAUGCGCCGAGACACGAUGGAAAGCAAUGAUGAUCGCAUACGUGAUUUGCCACCUAGGGGUGUUCAUCAUCAAGAACGCGGUAAUUAUCAAGGAAGUGGUUAUGGUGGUGGCCGACAAGGUGGAGGUGGACGCCCUAAUGCUCAACGACGAGAUCGAAGGGACGACAGACGUCGAACAAAUGACGAUGAUGACAAUGUUCACGAUAGCCAUGAUGUAUCUAGCGUUGAUCGAGAAUCGGUAUCAAGUUUGGAAGGUGGCUCCAAAGGGCAGAAAAGGCGUAUACGACGCUAUCGGCAGCGCAGUUCUACUCCGUCUCGUAGUCGCCGAGGCAGCAGUGCUGGUCCUAUGGAACAAAAUUCAGUCAAAGAAAACAGCGGUGCACCAUCGAGUAAUGAUGUGACAGUUACAACAAACGUAGGAAACGGUGGUAAUCAGCCAAGCGGUCCUAAGGGUCGUGAGCAACGCAACCGUUACAGUCGUGGAGCCCCACAGAAUAACAAGCCCAAAGAGACCAUGGUCAAUGGUACCAGUGGCUAAGGGCAACGUUGAAUUCAUCGUGAACACUUCAAGCAACACGUUCAAUCAAUAAUAUGCUCCACGACGACCCAUCACUCGCGCGUGACGCAGGUGCACAUAAAAAAAAUUCCCCCUUAAAAAGUUACAACUCAUUACAAUAUUAAUGAAUUAACGAACAAAAAAUGAGAUAGCGAACAACUAGCAGCAUCUAAAUCUUCAACAUACCCAAACAAUCUAAAAGCAAACCACAUUGAUAUGAGCCCCGCGACUAACUGAUACGCAUGAAAGCGAUCAUUUUUUCGCAGGAUAAAUUACAACGUAAGACGUUAAACACUAAAAUAGAAAGUAAGUGAGAGGAUAUGGCAGAUUUUUCUCAAAGAAAAUUGUGCCCGUUAACUGUCAGAGUUAGGGUUAUCAUAAUGCGGUUAAAAUUAAAUGCCUGAGAUGUAGAAAGUGACUGUGUUCGAGAAAAUUCGCGAUUUAUAUAUGUGUGAAUUAUAUAUAAGUGAAUGUGUAAACAAUAUAACAUUGUACAAUACAAAUCAAGUUAUAAACUAUGUGCAUCGGCAUUAUAAAAAAUAACGCAUUAACCCUCUACUUACUACAUGAACUAUCACACAAGAUUUUUGAAACGUGACUUGAAGAAUUAACCUAUGCUCGUCUUAAGACUGUUUGCUACUGAUAAGAAAUAAAAAUAAUGACACUUGUAAUCAACAAUACAUCUCCUUACACUUUUAAAGAAAUAUUUAAUUUAAAAAGUGAUUAUCAUUAGAAAUCACUCGAAAACACACAACAUCCGCGAUGGUUUAAUUUUUAAUGUAAACCAUUAUUGUGUGACAAGUUCUUGCAUAAAAUUUGAAACAUUUAUUGAGAAAUUAAAUGCAAAACUAGUAGCCUAAGCAAUACGAUUAUUUUAAAAUAUGAAAACAUAUAACUGUUUGAUCGGUAUCAUUGUGCUUUAUUUUUAUACCCCCUCUCGGCCACUUCACCGAGUUUAGUACGCAUGAACUUGUUGAUAUAAUAAUAAACGUGCACUCGAAAUAGUGAUUGCAACAUUGUACGAAAAAAUUUAGCAUUUUUACGGUAUUUGUACUAAUUUUAAUUGCAAAAAUAGCUCGAAUAUAAUAUAAUCGUGUCCAUGAAAGUUUAGUUGCUACGACAAAAUAAGCUAAUACGUAUGCAUAGUCAAAUCUAAAAGAGCAAAAAAAUCGAUGGAUUCGAGUAGAUACGUAUAUUUUACAAUGAACGAUAUUGCUAUGGCUGCUACUGUGCAUUUUUUGCAGUUCUACCGUUUCUCGAUGCUGUUUUUUCUGUUUUUCGAUUAUACGUGAUAUAAUAAUUGAUUUCGUUCUUUUUUCUUAAUUAUUUUUCGUUAAUGAUUAUUAAGUAUAUUAAGUAUAUAGCUAAUAUACUCAAGAAAUACGUCUAUUAGAUUUUUACUUUUUUGAAUACAGUGCUUGUUUGAUUCAUUUGAUUGUUAAUUUAAUACAUGGAAGAAAUAAAUGUAUUUGCUGAUCAGAUUGGCUAAUCAUAUAAGAUUAUAAAAAAAUAAUUGUAAUAAUAAAAAAUUAUGAGAAAAGUGUA